GUAGACCGACAGCCGCGGGAUGUUCUCCUUCACCCUCGGUGCCCUCCUGGCUGCUGCCUCUGCCGUUCAGGCUGCCCCAGGUCUGAGGGCAAGGCAGGCUAUCACCGCGCUGGGGACGUCUCAGAUAUCUGCAUUCCAGCCGUACACCUACUAUGCCAGCGCGGGAUACUGCGCGGCAAGCGAAACGGUGACAUGGAGCUGCGGAGCUAACUGUGAGGCGAACCCUACAUUCGAGCCCGUGGCGUCCGGAGGGAACGGCGACAGUACCCAGUACUGGUAUGUGGGAUACGAUCCGACGCUCGAAACAGUGAUCGUGUCACACCAGGGCACGGAUCCUGAAGAGAUUCUCCCCCUCGUCACGGACGCGGACAUUGUGAAGACGAAUUUGGAUUCUAGUCUGUUCCCCGGCUUAAGCACCGAUAUCGAGGUUCACAAAGGCUUCGCGGAUGCCCAGUCAGCGACUGCCACAGAUGUGCUUGCGGCUGUACAGACCGCGAUAUCUCAGUAUGGCGCGACUCAAGUGACAGUCGUGGGUCACUCUCUCGGUGCUGCGAUCGCACUGCUCGACGCAAUAUAUCUGCCUUUGCACAUCUCUGACGCGACGUUCACAUUCAUUGGAUACGGGCUGCCCCGCGUCGGGAACCAAGCGUUCGCGAACUACGUCGAUGCGCAGCCGACGUCCGUGACGCACAUCAACAACGAGGAAGACCCGAUUCCCAUCUGCCCCGGGAUGUUCCUCGGCUUUGUCCACCCGUCGGGCGAGGUGCACAUUGAGGACUCGGGCGAGUGGGCGGCGUGCCCCGGCCAGGACAACCCGAGCACGCAGUGCAUCGUGGGUGAUGUCCCGGAGGUUUGGGACGGGGAUGAAUCGGACCACGACGGGCCCUACGGGGGCGUCGAGAUGGGGUGCUAGACCCUACACACGUUACUAUUUCUGUAUUUGUCUUGCUGUACGACAUUGUGUUGUAUCUGUGAGCGCCACUCGUUUGUUGUAGCUCCUCUUAUCUAUACCGGAAGGGGUCGAUCUGUACGUCCA